AUAAUGAUAACAUUACAUACAUAUAUGACUCAUUCAUUAAUCUCUAUUCUUUAUAUAUUUUUUGUACGCUUAUAAAAGUAUCUAUAGUAGUAUAGUGAAAGUUUCCUCGUAUUUCAUAAUAGAUUUUUAAUUGUUUAGUUGUAUUAUUUUAUUAUUUUACGAUUUGUGAUGUUUUCUUCAGACCCAAAUUAUACAAAACUCAAGACUAACUUGAGAUUAGCUUUAAAUCGUCUAAAAUUAUUAGAAAAAAAAAAGACUGAAUUAGCUCAAAAAGCGCGUAAAGAAAUUGCAGAUAUGGUAGCAGCAGGCAAAAGUGAACGUGCUAAAAUAAGAGUUGAACAUAUUAUACGGGAAGAUUACUUUGUUGAAGCGCUAGAAAUUGUUGAAAUGUUGUGUGAUGCCCUGUUGUCCAGAUUUGGUUUAUUACAACAAUCCAAGUAAAUUAUACUACAUAAUUAUUGUAUGAUAUAUAAUACUAAAUGUAUUUAAUUUUUUGACAUAAUAACUGCUAUGAAUUAUAAAUUGGUUAUUUAUGUGUUGCUUCAUAUUUUAAUGCUACUUCAAUAUGGGAGCUACUAGUAUGUUUCUAAUUUGAUAUUCGAUAUACCGAUAUAUUUUUUAUUAUUAAGAAUUAUAGGGUUAUACCAAUUCAAAGUUUGCAGGGGUAUUUAAAGAUGUGAUGUUCAAUUGCUCUAUUCGUCAGCUCAUGUGAUGAGUGACACUUUAUUUCUUUCAGUGUAAUAUAGACCUACUGAUUUGUAGGCCAAAACGUAAUACUGGUAUAAAGUAGUUAAUGCCCUAAGUGUAAACCUAAACCUUGUUAUGCAAGGUCAGGUUUGCGGUGUGAAAUAUGGAUGUGAAAUAAAUCAUUAUCAUUAUCAAUAUUUGUAUAGGUAUUUAUUAAUGAAUUUUGCAGUAUGUAGAUAUUCUAACAUCACUCGGACGAGGAAGACCAUAUAUUAAAGUAACACUCAUAUUAUUUUAACUAGGUAAUAAUAUGAUGGUCCCUUAAUAAUUUUAUAAGCAAAUGAAUGUUGUCUUCAAAUAUCAAAUGAUUUAUCAAAUAAGAAAUAUAAACUGAUUAUAAGAUGAUAAAUUGUUGUUUAUAAUUAUAAUUGAUUAGCUAUAUUAUUAUAUAUCAUUAAUAUAUAUAUAUAUUUUUUUUUUUUUGACAAAACCAGGUUUAACAGUUUUUACUCUACUAGGAACUGCACCUUUAAUUAUAUAUUUUUUAAAAUUGGAAUUAUUUUCAUUAUUCUUUAGUUGUAUUAAACUGAAAAAAAAACUUAUCAUAAUUUAGCCACAUCUGUUUUCAAUUGCUUAAAUUUAAAAUUGUUCAUUAAGUUGUAAAAUAAUAUAUUUUAAAUUUGUUUGGUAGGCACCUACUUAAAUAGAUGUUAAACUAUAGUUUUAUUACUGCAAUCAACUUUACUACUGCUUGAGGCACCAGUAGUUUGCAGUUGACUACAUCAGCAUCUGGUAUGUACUGUCACAACUGCCUACAGUAAUAAAACAAAAGAUUUAGGUUUAAAGAAAUCCAAUCAUUGUUUCAAUUUUUAGCUUUCUUACUGCAUUCUAAUUUAAAAGAACUGAAUAAAAUAUGCAUUAUUUAUUAACUAAUUAUAACUAGGUAUAAGUACACUUAUUUAGGUAUAAAUAUUUCUAUUUAAUAUUUAGCAUAUUUAAGAAAACUACUUUUAUUACAAAUAGAUUUUUUAGUGUAACAAUUUCAGAUCAAUAAUUUAUUGGUGUUACAAUAUUCUUAAUAUUACCAUGAUUUUAAUUUAGAAUUCUAAUACAUUUUUAGAAUGUUGGACCCUACCUUAGCAGAAUCAGUAUCCAGUUUAUUAUGGGUAGCUCCUCAUAUUCAAGCUGAUGUUAGUGAAAUGAAAGUUAUUUCUGAUCAAUUAACUCAAAAAUUUGGUAAAAAAUACACAGAGGUAAUAUAUUGAAAUAUACUAUUUUGUUGUAUUUAGCAUUGAACUAUGAUUAAACUAUACCAUAAUUUUACGUUUAAAAAAAUAUUAUCCCCUUUGAAAAAAAACUGGUAGUAUAGAUGUACAAAAUGUUGUUAUAAUUAUGUAUUUUAUGUUAUUUAAUAAUAUAUUUUAAUAUUAUAUAGGCAUGCAGAACCGAAAACAUGGACACGGUUUCACAGAAACUUAAACAUAAGUUGAGUUUAAGACCUCCACCAAAAAUACUUGUUGAGAAAUAUCUAAUUGCUAUUUCAAAAAAUUAUAAUGUUCCUUAUGAACCAGAUUUACAAGUAAGAAAAAAAAAUUAUAUUUUGUAAUAAUAAUUUAUUGAUUGUUUGUAAUAAAUAAAUAAUAUAUGGGUACUUAUUUUUUAAAGUAAUAAUUGUAAUUUUUAAUACUAAAACUUUUAUUUUUAAUUAAUAUUAAUAAAUAAAAUAAUAGUAAUAUAUCAAUAUACUAUUGUAAACGGUAUUCAUUGGCAUUAAUAACAAAAACAUAAUACAACAAAUUUAAACACUAUUAAAGCAAUAUUCAUUCUUUUUAUUGGUAAUUAAUUACGUUUUUAUUUUUAGGUUAUGCAAGAAUAUGAACAAUCGCAUAGUAUAGAUUCUAUACUUUUUGAUAAUAAAAAUCCAAAUAAUGAAAAUGCUACACGGCCUACUGGUUUUAUUGGGUUUCCACCGCAACCAAUAGCACCGAUUCAAGCACCACCUAUUAAUUACCCUGUAAGUUUAUAACUAAUAAAAACAUUACUCAGGUUUGAUGUGUUUUUUUAUUAAUUUUAGAAUAUGCAAACUAUGAGUACAAUGUUAGACUCAAUGUCUAUGGAUUUUGAUAUACCACCUACUAUGCCUACUAUACCUACAAUGCCUACACAACAACCCAAUCCAAAACCACCAGCAACCACACAGCAGCUCAAUUCAAAACCACCUACAGCUAACCCUGUUAAACCUAUGCCCAAAAAUCAAAUUUUGUCAAAUAAAAAUCUAGGAUUUUCAAACUUGCCUGAUCUCCCUAGUGUACCUACUGAUAUACCUACAGGCGAUAUUAAAGAAAAAGAUGAUGAAGAAAUGGAUUUUGACGAAUUAUUGAAUCGAUUUGAGGAUUUAAAAAAGAACAAAAAAUAAGUAAAUUAUUACAUUUCAUUUAUUACUUAGUAUUAAAAUGUUAUUAUUAAUAUUAUUAUUAUUCAAAUAUUUAAUACAAAUUUAUGUAUAAUUAAUUUUAAUUCUUAACUUUUUAUGUAUAGAAAACACAUAUAUAUAUAUAUAUUUAUAUUUUUUUAGUACACUAUCCAAGUAUACCUAAUAAAGGUUUCGGAGUAUUCACAGAAGGUUUUUUGUUUUCUUGUUUUGGUUUUAAUGUUCCUGUUAAUCCACCUAAUAGUCCAUUUUGAUUACCAUUGUUAUUUUUUAAUAAUCCUUCAAUGGUGUUUAAGGGAUUUUCUAGUAAAUUGACUGUGCCUUCAGUAACAUCGCCUAAAACUCCAUUUUGUAAUAAAUCUGGGACUGUUUUUAAUAUAUCUGAUAUUCCUGGUAAAUUGCAAUAUGAUGAUUGUAAUAUAUCUGGUACACCUCCCCAUAAUCCCAUUUCACAAAAACGGAACUUAUUUUCAAUACGUGCAUUUUCAUCCAGUAUAACAUAAUCAGAUUGUUUUGAUGAGGUGAAUGAAGGCCAUUCAUCUCCCAAUUUUGUUAACCUUGGUUUCCUAAAAUAAUAACUUAUUAAUAAAACCAUGUAAAAAUUUUAUUUUAAUAUUUAACAUUUACCCAUUUCGUACAAAUUCUGCUACUAAUGAUGUAAAAUUAUUUCUCAUUUCAAUAUCUUUUUUGUCUUUCAGUUCAGUUCCUGGAAUUGGUUUACCUUCAAUAGUUCUUACGUCAUAUAAAUAAAUCAAAUCGUCUCCAUGACUUGGUUCUCCUAUUAUUUUUUAAAAAAAAUAUUUAGUAUAUUUUUACUUAUAUAUUUUACUUGAAAUAAUAUUUACCACUUUCUUCAACAUCAUUACUAUCAAAUGCAUCAUUUUUUGCCAAAUUUGUAUUGGGAACAUCCAACAUAUUUGGCAAAAACCAUUUUCCAGGAGAUUUAACAUUAGAUUUGUGUUCAAAACUAUAAAAGUAUGCGUUGCUUCGUUUUGACCAUAGAUGGGAUGUAAAAAAUGCUGGCAAGUUAAAUAGUGCAUCUGUUGUGCCCUGAUAAAAUUAAGGUUUCAUUUUUUUAUUUAUUUAUUUUUUUUUUUUUUAGUUUGGUUUUUAAUUUACCUGCAUAACUUUUCUAAUCUCCUGAGCCCCAUUUCCAAGUGUUGAUGUUACUAAUUUUAAGUAAUCUUUAUUUUCAAAAAUUGUUUUUAGAGCAUUGUUUACACUUCCAUUUUUGAAUAAACCUAUAGUG